AGUGCCCUGCAGCAGACACGGACAAAAGAUAAAUCUCUUCCCCACAUACGUCAGGUUUAGACUAAAACAUCACUUAAACCCCUUUAUUGCUAUUGUUUGACAGGGGGUAUCAUCACAUAAUCAUCACAUAAAAACCUUUAUCCUGGAAAUAUAGGUUGUUUAACUAAUAGUUUAAUCACAUCUUCUCGCACUGCGCCACCACUCUCGUUAUCCACCACAUCCGCAACCAUGGGUAACGUACCUACCAAGGAAACCAGGAGUCGAUCCAACACCGAUUCAUCAUCAGUAUCCGAUUUCAUCACCUCAGGAGGUGCUGUAUCGAUUCAAAACACGAUUGCUGCAAGCAGUAGAUCCCUGCAACGAAGAAACACCACGUCGUUCAAUGGCCAUCAACGGUCAGCAUCUUCGGAGUUACGAAGGAUGAAACGACAACAGGAGAAGGAUAACGCCUUGGAAAAGCAUUAUCAUCAAUUAAUUGUCAAGUUUAAUGAGCAUGUCGAUGGUGGAUACUUGGCUCCGUUUGGGACGUACAAAUCCAAUCUUGAUUACAAUUGUGAUGUAGUUCGGCGAUUGAUUAUUGAAGGGAAAUUAUCGCCGUUUUUCACUCCAUUGCAGGAUUUUGAUGAGAGUUGGACCGAUGAAGAACUUUACAUUAUCUUAAAACAAUUACCCUUACAUGCAUUAGAACCGGGGUUCAAUGACGAAGAAGAAGAGGAUGAUGUGGACGACCACAAGAUUCACAAGUCUUCAAACUUUUAUAAACGUCAAGAAGAGAAAUCCAAGUUGAAAGCCUUGAUUGCUAGAGUCAAGGAAGCACAAAAGGUUGAAGAGCAACGAUAUUUAGAAAGCAAAGCAACUAGCACAGACAUGUCUAGUCGUGAUUUGUUAUUACGUCUAUAUCGACAACCCCGGGAAUGUCCUAUUUGCUUCUUGUACUAUCCAUCCCAUUUGAAUGUGUCGAAAUGUUGUCUUCAACCAAUAUGCACUGAAUGUUUUGUUCAGAUUAAGCGAUUGGACCCUCAUCCUCCACAUGAAGAACAAGCUAAUGCAAAUCCAAAUGAACCUCCAUUGCCCCAUACAUUAAUUUCCGAGCCAGCCAGUUGUCCAUAUUGUGCUUCUCCAAAUUUUGGAGUUACUUAUGUACCACCGAAAGACUUGUGUACUGGGAUCGGAGGAAUUAAACCAAGUCAAUAUAAACAGUAUACAGGAAAUGGCGAUAUCACUGAUGAAGAAGAUGAAAAAGUUAGUAGAACUAACAAGAAAACCCCACCGGCUAUGGUUAGGAGAAAAAGUGCCACGCCAGAAUUGAUCACGAUAGAUAUGAUUCGACCAGAUUGGGAAACCAAAUUGCUUUCUGCUAGAAACAAGUUGGCAAGAAAAGCAGCUACUGCCAGUGCAAUUCAUGCUUCUAAUUUAAUAAUUCUGGAUAGUACUGAAAGCGCUAGCGGAGUUACUGAUGACACUAGAAGAAGACGUGGAAGUGGUGAAACCGGUCGAAGACGAGGUAAUACUGCUGGAUCUGCCAGCAAUAGUAAUCUUCGAUCAAUAGAAGACAGAAUGAUUGAAGAAGCAUUAAGAUUGUCGAUUAUAGAUGAGGAAAUAAGAAAGAAAAAGGCCGAAGAAGAAGAGGCCAAGAAGUAAACGUUUGGAUAUAGAUUUAUAUAAUGUGCAUAACGAUAUAGUUGAUUUAAGUUAAUAAAUGACAGUACGGAAUUU